AUGGAUACUGAAAUCGAGUCAAGGAAAAGGUUAGAGGCUGAAAUGGAUUGGAGGCGAAGAAUGGAAACUAAAAUUGAGUGCAAGCGUAGAAUGGAGACUGAGAUGGAAUGGAGGCAAAUCAGUGGUACAUUUUCUGUGACGAGGGCAACUUCCAUGCCGCCAAUGGAGACUCAAACAGAAUGGGGAAAAAUGAGUGAUCCAUUUUCUGUUAAUAGGACGGCUUCGUUGCCUCCAAUGGAGACUGGGAUGGACUGGAAGAAAGGAUGGACCUCCAGACAUAGAUGCGCGGGGACACGCAGAAGUUUUGGUUCAUCUGGAACUAGUUCUGAAACUCAACAACACCUACCUAAUCAAGUUGAUGGAACUUUCAUUGAAGGUGCAUCUAGUAGUUCUAAUGAGAUACCUCCAGUUAGUGGCACAUUGGAGCAAAUGCGGCAUCUGGUAUUAGCAGCCAUUGAAGCUACUAAUGAGCAAUCACCCCACUUUUCGGGAAAAGAGGGACUCAGAAAUUUCUUGCUCAAAAUGCCUGGUGUUUUCACUAAAGGUGAUGGACCAAAUGGAAAGAAGACUGAAGGAUUUUUAUACGCGUAUAAGAGGGGAGGAGAAGUGAAGAUUGUUUGUAUUUUUCAUGGUUAUUUUCUGACACCAACCGAAUUUGUUAAACAUGCUGGUGGAUGUGCUGUUGAAAACCCUUUAAGGCUUCUAACUGUCGAUCCUAAUUAA